UUGUUUCGGGACAGAAAUGCACCCACACUUUAGCUGCAGUCAGCACUGCUGCUUUAUUGUUAAGUUGUAAAUUGUCAUAAUGGGUUCUAUGCACUUUGGAUGCAAUGACAUGUAAUGUCGAGGGAAGAGAGGUCCGAUUCAGUCUGUGUCAUACUGUGGGUAAAUCCUGUUAAGCAAUGCUGAACUCUAAGCCAUCCAAGGUUCAUUUGCAGAUCCAAACAACACACAAUCAGUUAUGGAGACAAACAGCCAGAGCUCUGAUGUCCUGGAAACUGAUGAUGAUGUCCCGGCUCCUGCACAAGUAAGAGAUGACACUUCAGCAUCUAUCGUCUCUGUGAAAGGCCUGAAGGAGAACUGGCAGAAGUGGUCCCAUGAGCACCAGGAGUACCAGAAGCACAACCCCUUCAGUAACAACUCCAAGCCCAGUGUGGUGGUCCCUCAAAGAGGUCAGGACGACUAUGGGAAGCCCCUGCAGGGAUCCAUGACAGAGCAGCGGGGAAAGGAUGCUCACACACGCAUUUACAGAGAAGUUCAGGAGCUGUGCGAGGUUAUAAGGAACAUCGGAGAGCACAGAGACGGAGAUCUGGAUGGGAAAGUGAUCGCUGUUGAAUUUGGGAAACUGUUUGAGCAUUAUGUGACCAUCUCUAAUAAACUGGUUGGGAUUCUUCUACGAGCAAGGAAACAAGGGUUGGUUGACUUUGAGGGGGAGAUGCUGUGGCAGGGGAAGGAUGAGCACACAGUUAUAACUCUGUUGCAGUGAUCAAGAACUUGGAAAACAGCGUCGAAGUUGCAUGCAGUACAGAGCUACCUCAAAAUAAUAAUGAGCCACAAUUUUCAGUAAUCACAGAAGUUAUCAGCAUGUUGAUAUGUGAAGAAAAACAUUUGUAAGAGAGGUUAAAGGGCAUGCAAAUAUCUUUUAAUUGUAGAUCAAGUAGAUGAGUGAGCUGCUGAAAUGAAGUCAGACUGACCCAAGGAAACAACAUGGUGCUU